AUGGCGGCCGCUGGUUCCUCCGCCGCGUGGAAGAGAUGGCUCCGCCCUGAGGUGUACCCGAUCUUCGCGGCGACCGGCGUGGCCGUCUCCAUCUGCGCCAUGCAGCUCAUCCGCAACAUCACCACCAACCCGGAAGUCAGGGUGACCAAGGAGAACAGGGCGGCGGGGAUCCAGGAGAACUUCGACGAGGGGAAGCGCUACUCGCAGCACGGCUUCAGGAAGUUCAUCGACCGCCAGCGCCCCGAGAUCAUGCCGGCCAUCAACAACUUCUUCUCCGACCCUCCCAAGUAUUAG